AUGGCCCUUGAGGUUGUCGAGGGCUUCCGCUUCGUCGCCGCCGCCCCCUCGCCGCGGCUGCGACGCGCCCUGGACCGCUACGCGGGCUACGUCGCGAACCAAAAGACGCUCUGGACCCACCAGACCCCGGGCGAGACGCUGCCGCUCGAACAGAUCGUCGUCCGCGCCCCCGACGACGGCGCGCCGCCCGCCUACGGCGACGACGAGACGUUCGAGCUCGUGAUAGCGCCCGGCGCGGGCUCGCUGCGCGCGGCGUCGUUCGCCGGCGCGCUGCGGGGCCUCGAGGCCUUCGCCCAGUGCACCGUGCGCCUCGGCGCCAAGGUCGUCGUCAACUCCACGCGGACGAACGUCACGGGCGCCGCGGCGAAGUUCGCGUACCGGGGCGUCAUGGUCGACUCGUCGCGCCACUUCCUGCCCGUGCCGACGCUCGAGGCGAUCCUGGACGGCAUGGCGGCGUCGGCGCUGAACGUGCUCCACUGGCACCUCGUGGACGCGCAGUCGUUCCCGUGGAACGCGUCGUUCGAACCGGCGCUCGUCCGGGGCGCGUACCGGCCGGACCUGGCGUACCAGCGGGCGGACCUCGAGCGCGUCGUCGCCUACGCGGGCGACCGGGCCAUCCGCGUCAUCCCGGAGAUCGACCGGCUCGCCCGGGCCGCGGGCUUCGAGAAGCUCGGGGGGUGGCAGGAGAUCUUCGACCACUACGGCGGCGACGACGCGACGACGCCGACGCCGCCCGUCGCCGGCCUCGACCCCGGGACGGCGAUCUACGCGUGGCUCGCGCCGUCGUGGGGCUGGGGCAACCCCGCGUCCAUGGCCGCUCGGGGCUUCGACGUCGUGUCGACGCUCGGCCUCUACCUGGGCAGCGACGCGGACCACGGCGACUGGCGCGCGUUCUACGACGUCCACCCGCGGUCGUCGGCGACGCGAAACGCGUCGUCGCGGGGCUACUUCAACGUCACGGACCCGGCGGAGGCGUCGCGCGUCCUCGGCGCGGAGGCGUGCCUCUGGGGCGAGCGCGCCGACGGCGGCGACGCGAACCUGGCGCUCUGGCCCCGGGCCGCGGCCGCGGCCGAGGCGCUCUACGUCGGGCCGGACCUCGGCGACGACGACGCGGUCCUCGCGCGCCUCCUCCGCCACCGGCAGCCCCGACCGCCGCCGUCGGUUCUGGGCCGCGCCAUGGCCGACGAGCCGCCGCGCGGCCCGGAUGCGGCGCCACCGACGCUCUACAGCUGCAGCGACGAGACCAUGAGCUCGCGCAUGUCCAUGCUCGCCUGCGCCUGCGCCUCCGAGUUCGACGAGUCCGCGGCGCGGCGCGAGGAGCGCAAGGAGGACGCGUCGCAGGGCCUCGUCGUGCCCGAGCUGCCGGACGUCGCCGCGGCCUUCGACAGCGCGGUCUUCGCGCGCGAGGCCGAGUCCCGGCCCGACCUGCAGCGGUCCGGGUCGUCGCGGCGCCGGGGCAAGCGGCGCGGCAAGGGCGACGCGGCGGGCGAGUCGGCGUUCCAGGGCCUGCGGCGCGCCGGCUCCGAGUUUUUGUGGGGCGAGGAGCGGCGCAAGAUCCACCGCCACCGGAGCAAGCGGCACCGGAAGAGGAGCGCGGCGGCGGCGGACGCGCCCGGCGCCGCGCCGCCGCCCGACGCCGCCGACGCCGGCGACGUCGAGGCGCCCGAGGCCUUCGCCGCCGCCGUCGUCGAGCCGCCCCGCGCGCCGGGCUGGUACCCGGACCCCUACCCGCGGCACAACCACGGCGAGCACUACGUGAUCCACACGCUCGACAAGAUGCGGCGCUACCGAAUCUCCCGCCGGCUGCUCUUCGAGCACCGCGACGCCAUGGAGGCGUCGAACGUCUUCGAUGUUUACGGGUCCCCGGAGCAGGGCGGCGACGAGCGGCGCCUCUUCGUCGUGACGGAGUCGUCGAAGACGUGGAACCGCGUCUGCUUCCGGCCGCACCACAGCCUCCUGCUCCACGUCGAGCACCCGUCGACGCGCGAGGUCUUCCUGACGCUCGAGCGGCCGGGCAUGGAGGGCUGCUGCGCGUCGGCGCCGCGCGGCGGGCCGCACACCGGCGGCGGGCGGCCCCUCCGCGACGUCCGGCCCGGGCCCGCGUGCUGCGGCCGCUGCGCGGCGAACUCCGUCGGCGACCCGGAGGUCUCCUGGGGCGGGCCCAAGCCCUGCCUCUUCUGCUGCCCCUGCGGCUACCGCUGCCAGCACGAGCUCUACGUGCACAACGGCCUCCACGCCGGCGACCCGCUCUGGCCAGGGCAGCAAAAGAGAGCGAAAUUCCCAACUUCAAAGGCUCCUUUCUCGGCCGUUUUCCACUCGCUCUGGCUCGACGCGCACCCGUCGAACCACCUCGGCCACGUGUUCCAGCCCGACGCGCUCGAGCAGCUCAUGCUCGACGGGUCGCCGCUGAGCCCCAUGCUCGAGCUCCGGACGCGGCGCGGCGACGUGCUCGGCGUCCUCGAGGGGCCGACGUGCUGGGGCGGCUGCUGCUGCGGCGACCCGGCCUUCGAGUACAAGGCGUCGCCGUCGGCGCUGCUCCCGCGGGGCGGCCUCGUCCACUACCGCGAGCGCCACUGGGCGCGCGACGACGAGAUGCUCCUCGACUUCCACGACGGCGAGCCGGGCGACGGCGGCGCGACCAUCGCCGUGCCCGGCGUCGAGAAGAUGAAGGCGCUCGCCGCGGCGCUCCUGGGCCACUACGCCUACUUCCACCACAACCGGCCGGGCUGCGAGCUCAAGGGCAAGCCCGAGGGCUGGCGCGGGCCCCGGUGCACGCUCUGCGCCUGGAGCCUCUUCGGCCACGUGUGCCCCUGCACGUGCGCGGUCCCGGCGGCCGCGGACUGCCACUGCGCGCGCAAGUUGGCGAAAACGCGCGACGACGUCGACGCGCGCCUCGAGCAGUCGGAGUUCCACUACGCGCGCACGCGGAACCCGCCGCCGACGCGGACGUCCGUCUUCCGCCGCGCGUCGGGCCUCGUCCAGCCCCACGACGCGUUCGGCGCGGCGACGCCGCCCGGCGACGAGCCGGGCGCGGAGCCGCCGCGCGCGCAGGCCAUGGCGCGCGACGGCGGCGGCGACGACGCGGCCGUCGCCCGGGACCCGGUCGAGCUCGCCGCGGGCGACCUCGGCGGCGGCACGUCCGCCGGCGAGCUCGACGCGACGGUCCGGCGCGCGUCCGUCGAGCCGCCGCCGCCGCCCGAGCCGGCGAAGGACGCGUAG